AUGAUCUCGAAUACUGAAAUAUACGAACGUUUGCAAGAUUUGGGUUUGAGCCCACCUAUGAUCAACGAAGCUAAUCGCAUGUAUGGCUUGGCCUUAAUAUAUAAUAUCGAAAUCGAUAAGUCAAUGGAUGAAGACGAACUUCAAAUCGAUUCUCAACAAGUAUCGGGAUGUUCAUUGCAUAACGAUCAAAGACUAGUUUCUCCGAAAAGUACAUUUCAACUAAAUUGGAUGGAUUACACUCAAAAUACGAAAUGGGACGUUCAAUCAGGUUUGCGCUAUGCAAUAACGCAAUGGGAAGGAGAACAGAACGACAUUGUAGUUGAAUUCAAACGCAUGCGUUUGAGUCAUACUCCGACUGAGGAUGAACGGAUACUGGACACAUAUUUUGUCCUGGAGCACAUGAUCGAUCAAAUAUGUGAACAACGAGAUAUUUUUCACCAUGACGACAUUGACGACGCUGAACUUGCUCGACUUAGUGAAAUAUUCGAGAGACAAUACUAUGGAUACGUCACGGAUACUGAACUCGUCGAAGCAAUGGAUAGGCUCAUCAUAACAUCCAACGCUAACAAUUGUAAUCAAAAUGGCGAUUGUCUACAAGCAACAAUUCGACUCACAGCCGAACCGGACAGAUUCGACAGAAAUGAUCCACAAAAUCUGCAAGAUAUGGACGACGACGAAUAUUACUAA